AUGGUAAAUACGUUUGCUGGUGGGGAGCCGGAAGAACGACCAGGUUCAUCGGGUUUCUGGAUGAAACUCUUGUUCAGUUGUAUUCUAGUACUACUUGGAGGAAUAUUCGCUGGCUUGACUAUUGGUCUUAUGGGUCUUGACGCACUUCAUUUGCGCGUCUUGAAUGUAUCGUCUGACGAUGAAGUAGAGAGAAAUAACGCGGGGAAAGUCCUCAAUCUCCUAAAGAAAGGUCGACAUUGGGUCCUUGUAGUUCUACUCCUUGGCAAUGUGAUCGUUAAUGAAAGUUUGCCGAUAUUCUUGGACAGCGCGCUCGGCGGAGGUUUGGCUGCAAUCGUCAUUUCGACAGGACUAAUCGGUACGAUUAUUCCACAAGCUGUUUGUGCCCGGUAUGGGCUUACCAUCGGUGCAAAAUGUGCACCCUUUGUACUAGGACUCAUGUACUUCUUCGCUCCUGUCGCAUGGCCAAUAGCCAAACUACUCGACUACGUCCUUGGCGCAAACGAGGAACACACAUACAAAAAAGCCGAACUACGCUCAUUCUUACAAUUCCACCGACAGGGUGAAGAACCACUCCGUGAUGACGAGAUUACGAUUCUUAAUGCCGUUCUUGAAUUGAACACGAAGAGAGUCGUGGAGAUUAUGACUCCAAUUAAUGACGUGAUUACAUUCAGUGCGGAUGAGGUGUUAGAUCAUAAGCUCGUGGAUAAGAUUUUGGUGAGCGGAUACUCGCGUUUCCCGGUAUACGAACCAGGGAACCCGAAAGCAUUCGUUGGGUUGCUCUUAAUUAAGAAGUUACUCAAAUACGACCCAUCGGACAAUAAGAAAAUCUCAGACUUCUCGUUGUCCAUCUUACCAGAAGCAGGCGUUGAGAUUAAUUGCUUCCAAGCUCUUGACUAUUUUCAAACAGGACGUGCGCAUUUGCUCCUCGUUAGCAAGUCACCUGGUAUACCAGGUGGCGCUCUCGGCGUGGUGACUCUAGAAGACAUCAUCGAAGAGAUCAUUGCAGAGGAAAUCGUCGACGAAUUCGACCGAUACGAAGAUAACCAAUCAAAAAGAAUGGCGAGACGGAUGGGUACAGCAGACGUGAUGAAAGGGUCCGUCUUGUUAUUAAUAUCAUUCUCCCUCUUCUCUUCAUACCAAUCUUCAUACUAA